GUCUGUCUCUGUCUCUCUCAAUCUACAUAGUCAUCCCUAUUUCGAUACGCACACACACUCAUGCAUACAAACGCUUUACAACUUAGUUUUAAGGUGAAACACAAUAUUCACUUUUAUUAUUCCAAAUUUAGUUAUCGGUAUGAGCAUAGCCACAUUUUACGCCUCAGUUUUGUUAAACUAAUUUAUAGUGGCUCUACAUUUUUCAACUGCCUCUCUUCUUCAAUCUCCAGUUUCGUUAGAACGUCAUCAGACUCAGUGAGACUGCUUUGACACAAAUUUCAAGUUUACUGUAGAAGGAAAAGAAACAAAAGUAGAAAGAAAUCUUUUUUCCAACGUGAACUUGUUUUUCGUUUAAAAUAUGGCCAAUGAACUACAGGGCAUAACCAAAACAUUGCAGGAAUUGAAAAUUGAUGGUGAACGUAAAAUCGAAUUGUACAGGGAAAGAAUUAAAAGAUUUCCAAAUGUAAUGGAAGAAAGUUUUGAGAAGACCGAAGAAGUUUGGUCGUCUCUCUACAGAAAAGUAGACGAUUCGUUGAAUAAAGACAUCUUAUUUGGUUUAGAAGAUGAGAUUCGUCAAAAGAACGUCAUAGUAUUUAUUCUGUGGCAGCUGAACGAAAAAAUCCAGGCUGAAAAAUUAGCCAUUGAAGUUCGGGAAAAAAAGCCAGAUAACCUGGUGGCAUUAACCAAUCUUGCAUUCAUUUAUUUGUGCAACGGAAAUAUCUCUAAGCUAGAAAACCUUUUGGAUAAUCUAAGUAGUUUUGUAAAACGGGGAAAUUUCCCGCUGAUAGAAGCAGAAGGUAAAAGGAAUGUCGCUUAUUGUUUAGCUACUAUUUCUUUUAAUGAUUACGAAAGGGCUAUCAAACUUUACAAAGAGACUCUCAAUGUUUGUCCGGACAAUUAUUUGUGUCUCUUCUCUAUUGCUUUGUUGCAAUAUCGUUGUUUAAGAAACACCAUGGAUAAAGAGAAAAUACUUAAAAGUAUUAAGGAAUCAAUACAGUAUUUAGAGAAAAUACGAUGUGCUUUUCCACACCGUAUUGACAAGGCCCUAAUGGGAAGAACAUUAACAUUGAUAGGUUUGUUUAAAAAGAAUUCGUAUAAUUUUCUUCGUCAACCAUAUGAAGACUAUUUUCAGAGAGCUCUUCAUAUUUCUCCUGAUGACACCUAUGUUUUGGAGAAAAUUGCAAAUCAUUAUAGAUGUUCACAUCAGCUUGAACAAGCAAUAAAAUUUUAUGAAAAAGUAAUUGAAAAAAAGGCAACAUCAUAUUCUCAUCAUAAUCUUGGAUUAAUUUAUCUAAGACAGAAUGAACCAAAAUAUACAUAUUUCCCAACGAACGAAAAUUUGUCAAAAGAAGCGAAUGAUUGUGCGAAACUUUUGAAACAUGCUCAAAGUAUUCCUCAUAGAGAAAGGAAUGAUUUCGUCAACAAAGCUGAAUAUCACUUUGAUGAAGCUCUUAAACUUUCUCCAGGAAAUUCAUCUGUUCACUAUGAUAUCAUUUUAUUAUAUAUGUCUUUGAAAGAAUAUGACAAUGCCAGGAAACAUUGUGAAAGUUAUAAAACAGAUAUCAAACUACAAGAUGUUAAUUUUAACAUUUUGUUUGGAAGAUUAUGUUUUAAAGAAGCAGACGAAAAAAAUGAUGAAGAAGAAAAAGAUCGAUUAAGACGUUCUGGAAUGGAUAGGUUUGUUCUGGCUCUUAAAUCUGCUGUAGAAUUUCUUCCUUUCAAUAAAGACCUGAUAAAAAUUUGGGAGAUAAAGGAAAUAGUGCAUGAUUUAUAUGAGUAUGGAAAUGGAAAUGCUGAAUACAAAAAAUUUGUUUUGGAAUUCAUUCACUCAGUAGAAGACCUUGCCAAUGAUGAAGAGCUACAAAAUAUACUUCACGAGAGUGAAUUAUAGAAGAUAAAAUGUUUUAUAAAUAUACUUUUCUUAUUACUUUCUUUAUUGAUAAUACUGAACAAUAUUUUGAAGUUCAUCGUUAUAUAUCUCAAGUUUUCUUAAGUUAAGUCCAAACACGUUUAUCUAAAGCUAAAUAAAAUAACUUUU